AUGGGAGACGCUUCAGGACAACAGUUCGGGUUUGAAAACUUCAAGAAUGUCAUUGGCGAUGGACUACGAGAUGGCUCAGCUUACCACAAUGGGAUAAACCCAUCCGAUAAAUCUCCUCUAUGGGAUGUCCCGAUCGCGAGUGAAACAGAUCUAAAUGAUGCUGUGAAGACGGCGCAAGAUGCUUUCAAGUCGUGGUCGAAGACCACGUGGGAAGCUAGAGCGACUGCGCUUGCUCAUAUGCGAGACGAAUUAGCCAAGCAUCGUGAGGAGAUGGGGAAACUUCUUAUGUUGGAAGCCGGGAAGCCAAUACAAUUUGCAUUAGGAGAAGUUGAUGCUUCGAUUCAUACAUUGGACUUUCACACCAAACAAGAAGCACCGAAGGAGGAGGUCCUCCAAGAAAACGCAGACCUGAAACUUACCAUGCGAUAUGUCCCCCUUGGUGUCUCUGGUGCCAUAUGCCCAUGGAACUUCCCACUCGUCCUCGCCAUGGGCAAAAUCGCUGCAGCACUCCUGACAGGAAAUUGUAUGAUCGUCAAACCCUCACCUUUCACUCCGUACACCACCCUCAAAUUUAUCGAGAUCUCCCAGCAAUUCCUCCCUCCAGGUGUUCUCCAAGGCUUGAACGGCGACGACAAGCUCGGCCCCUGGAUGACCGAACAUCCAGGAAUCGAGAAAAUCAGCUUCACGGGCUCUACCGCCACAGGGAAAAGAGUCCUCAUAUCCGCAGCCAAGACGCUCAAGAGAGUGACUCUCGAACUUGGCGGCAACAGUGCAUGUAUCGUCUGUCCCGACGUCGAUAUCCAGAAAGUCGCGCCGCAAGUUGCCCUUGGUGCAUUCUUCCACUCUAGUCAGAUAUGCGUCGCCAGCAAGCGUCUCUACGUUCACAAGGAUAUCUACCAGGAGAUGCAGAAAGCGCUGGUUGAUGUGAUCCAGUCGUGGAAGGUGGGGCCAACGAGCGAAUCGGGACUUAUGCUGGGACCCGUGCAGAAUGAGAUGCAGUAUAAUAUCGUCAAGUCUUUCUUUGAGGAUUGUGCUGUUAAUGGGUACGAUUUUGCGAUGGGUGGCAAAAUGGGCGAUAAAGGUGGAUAUGUCAUCCAGCCUGCGAUUGUGGAUAAUCCUCCGGAUGACUCCAAGAUUGUUCGCGAAGAGCCGUUUGGACCAAUCGUUCCCAUGAUGUCGUGGUCUGACGAGGAAGAAUUAUUGACCCGAGUCAAUGACACGAGGACUGGUCUUGGAGGCGCAGUCUACUGCGCGGAUAUCGAUCGAGCGAAUAGGAUUGCGAGUCAGAUUGAAGCUGGCACCGUGUGGAUUAAUGGGUUUGAGAGACCGCUGGCGGAUGCUUUCUUCUCGGGACACAAGGAGAGUGGGCUGGGAGGUGAGUUAGGGAAGCAUGGAUUGUUCUCGUACUUGAACGCUCAGGUGAUUCAUUUGUAUAAGACGGAUGUUGGGAAGGGUGCGAAGCUGUAA